GACGCGCCCUCGCGGAGCCGCCGGAAGCGCCGCCCGGAGCGGGGAGAGCUGGAAGCGGCGGCAGUAUACAUGAAGCUUGAGAUCUGAACCUGCUAUGACUGACCCAGACGUCCUCACUGAGGUCCCAGCAGCUCUCAAACGCCUUGCCAAAUAUGUGGUGCGUGGCUUUUAUGGCAUUGAACAUGCUUUGGCUCUGGACAUUCUCAUCAGGAACCCCUGUGUGAAGGAAGAGGACAUGUUAGAGCUCCUUAAGUUUGAUAGGAAGCAGUUGCGGGCUGUCCUCAACACCCUCAAGGGUGACAAGUUCAUCAAAUGCAGGAUGAGGGUAGAGACAGCUCCAGAUGGCAAAACCACCCGUCAUAACUACUACUUCAUCAACUACCGCCUUCUGGUUAAUGUGGUGAAGUACAAGCUGGACCACAUGAGGAGGAGGAUUGAGACGGAUGAAAGAGACUCCACCAAUCGCGCCUCUUUUAAAUGCCCCAUUUGCUUCAGCACUUUCACGGACUUGGAGGCCAACCAGCUGUUUGACCCCAGGACAGGAACUUUCCGCUGUACUUUCUGUGAGACUGAAGUGGAAGAAGAUGAAUCGGCGAUGCCCAAAAAGGAUGCAAGGACACUCGUGGCAAGAUUUAAUGAGCAGAUUGAGCCCAUCUAUGCGCUGCUUCGUGAGACGGAAGACGUUAACUUAGCCUAUGAAAUCCUCGAGCCGGAACCCACAGAGAUUCCUGCCCUGAAGCAGAGCAAGGAGCGUGCAGCUGGUACUGGUUCAGGGACAGCAGCUGGCCUUGCAGGUGGACACCAUCGGGAAGCAUGGACUACAAAAGGACCGUCAUAUGAGGACUUGUAUACCCAGAACGUUGUCAUCAGCAUGGAGGGCCAGGAGGAUCUUAACCGGUCUGCAAGUGAAGGAAAGCCGGCCAGAGAGAGACCAAUUUGGCUACGGGAGAGCACAGUGCAGGGGGCUUAUGACCCUGAUGAAAUCAAAGAUGGGGGCCGGGAUCUGGAUACCUUCCAGGAGCGUGAGGAGGGCCGGGCAACUCUGGAUGAUAAUGAGGAGGUGAUGCGUGCCCUGCUUAUCCACGAGAAGAAGACACCUUCUGCUUCAACAGUCACCAUCGGAGGUGCCGCUCCUCUCUCCGGUGCCAAUGCUAGUGACUCCGAGAGCGAGACAAGCGAGUCGGAGGAGGAAUCCCCUCCCCGCCCUCCCACCACGGCCACCACAACAUACGGGCUGGAGGAUGAGGAGGAGGAUGAAGAGUUUGAGGUGGUGGCAGAAGACCCCACUGUGACAGUGGCUGGGCAUCCACACUCGUACAGCCAAGUGAGCCAGCGCCCUGAGCUGGUGGCCCAGAUGACACCGGAGGAAAAAGAGGUUUACAUAGCCAUGGGGCAACGCAUGUUUGAGGACAUGUUUGAUUAACUGCUUCCUGCCGUGGCAUUUUUUUUAAAGUGACUUUUUAAGCCAGAGACUCCCUAGUAAAACAGAAGACUGAAGCGCAUCUUUCCUCCCCUGUGCACAGGGACACUGGGGCUCAGGACUGCUAAUCUCAGGCAUCUUGCUCACCAGAGCCGGGGAGUAGAAAGGCUGCAUGUGCCAAAACAGGUAGGGGAGGACAAGUCUCAGAAGUGAGGAUGCUUGCAAGGUAAAAAUCUGCUUCAGAGUGCCCUGCAUAGGCACUGCUUUAACCUUCUCCAGGGCCCCAGCAGCUGCCUCCCCCCGAUUGCUUUGAUUUGAUUUUUAUUGCAGAUCCUAGUGAAGUCCACGUCCCUGCCCUCAGAGCACAUAAGGGCUCCGUAGUCUGAUCAGAGUGCUCUGCAGAGGAGGGCGUAAGUAACAUUACAGCUGCCCGUGCUCAGUGAGGUGAGAGGAGAGGGAAGCACUCGUCUGCUGAUGGCAAGCUUGGGCAGGGCUUGUAGCUGACCUGCCAGCAGCCACUGGCCACCGGAGUGGCUAUUUCUAAGCAGGCCCGUAGACAGCAACCUUUUCUUGCUCCCGUUCGCUCCUUACUAGGUCUCAGCACCUCAAGGUCGGGAGUAACUUGAAACACGCAGAGUGAAAGCCUUGGCAAGCACACACAGUCGCUCUCUGUCAGUGUAACAAAAGCCCUUCAUGGAUCUGAGCUGUCAGAGCACUCUGACUUAACAGGAGAUACCUUCAUUUUCCAGUAUUGCUGCCUGUUGCUUCUGCCUAGCCCUGUCCAAACUCCAGUGUCGCAGACGGUUUGUAGUGCGCAGGGCCGCAGUCAGGCAGUGCCAGAGAAAUAGCAUAGGUAGUUUUUAUUUGCAGUCACACCAGGGCGAUAUCAUCUUAAGAGGAAUUAUGCAGUUUUGAAUUCUGCUUUGGCGCACACUUUUACCAUAGAAAAACAGUGCCUACAGAGCAAUUUCAUAUUUUUAAUGUUUUUCUGUUUCAAUUGAAAAUGUUGGGUUUUUAAAUUGUUGUUUUCCUAUCCAGUACUACAAUAAAACAAAAUGAUGAAAGAAUUUUGUGUUCCAGAGGGUAGGGGCAGUAUUACAUGCUGUUCCAUUUACAUGGGCAGCAUGAAUUUGCUGUUCACUGAGACUGUAAAUCUGUUUUAUACCAACUAUACUUUCUGUAUUCUGCUAA